UCAGGGACACGGGGCUGUCAGGGAGUGGUCGGGAGCCAGCAGUGGGGCAGGGAUCGUGUCACUGAGCAGGAACGUCCGGGCUGGUGGGUGAGGAGCUCCAGGGUCAGGGCCUGCAGGCAACUGGCAGAGGCAGAUGCCCCGUCCAGGGGAGAUGAGCCUGGGUCAGGCCUUGCAGGAAUGAGGCCCUCGUGAUAAGCUAAUGAGCAGAGAGGAAUGCAGGCAGGGGAGCAGGUCCAAGUCUCCGGGACGGCCCCCAGCCCACACCAUGGGACCACCCACCCUAGAUGGGACAGGCUGCCCUUACCUGGCUCUGCCCGGGCACCAGCCUCUCAGGGAGAGCACCUGAGUCCCCCUGGGUCAGCAGAGACGGGCAGGAUGGGGAGCCCAUCCAGCCUUGGGACAAGGCCUCAUUUCUGCCUGGAGCACACGCCCUGCUCAAGGUCCUCAGGAGCCCCUUUUAUGCCUGAAGCAUGAUCCCGAUGCAGUCAUGUCAGGAUCAGCCAGGGCAGCCAGGAUUGCCCCCACAAACUCUAAGUUAGGGGAGGAGGGCAGAGACCCCUUCUCCCCUUCCUGUGUCCAGCCUUUCUGCAGCGGGUCCUCCCCAGGCCAGGGACUCUGGGCUUUGCCCUAGGACAUGUCCAUGAGGACACCAGCAGUGUUCCAAAGGAAGGGCAUCCCUUGGGGAUGCUUCCUCUGCCCCUUCUCCCCUCUGCUCCCCAGGGAUUUUCGGGUUCUUUUUUGGACACCAGGUGUCCCGUGGCUCUGAGUCCUGAGCAGCCACCUUGGGCUGACCAGCUGGGCCCUGUCCAUGCAGAGAGAAGAGAAGCAGCUGGAGGCCUCGGUGGACGCACUGCUGAACCAAGUGGCGGAUCUGAAAAGCUCCUUGGGAAGCUUUAUUUGCAAGCUGGAAAACGAGUAUGACCGGCUUACCUGGCCCUCCGUUCUGGACAGCUUUGCUUUGCUCUCGGGGCAACUGAAUACUCUCAACAAGGUCCUCAAGCACGAGAAGACCCCAUUGCUCCGGAACCAGGUUAUCAUUCCUCUGGUGCUGUCCCCAGACCGCGACGAGGAGCUCACGAGGCAGACGGAAGGACGGGUUCCUGUCUUCAGUCACGAGGUGGUCCCUGACCACCUGAGAACCAAACCAGACCCAGAAGUGGAGGAGCAGGAGAAGCAGCUGACUACAGAUGCAGCUCGCAUAGGCACCGAUGCUGCCCAGAAGCAAAUUCAGACCUUGAAUAAAAUGUGCUCAAACCUCCUGGAGAAAAUCAGCAAAGAAGAGCGAGAAUCAGAAAGUGGAGGUCUUCGUCAGAAUAAGCAGACCUUCAACCCCACAGACACCAAUGCUCUGGUAGCUGCAGUUGCCUUUGGGAAGGGUCUGUCCAACUGGAGACCCCCUGGCAGCAGUGGCCCUGGUCAGCCAGGCCAGCCUGGGGCAGGGGCCCUUCUGGCUGGAGCAUCGGGCAUGCAGCAAGUUCAAAUGACGGGCGCACCCAGUCAGCAGCAGGGUCCCCUGCUCAGCGGAGUACAGAUGGCACAAACUGGCCAGCCAGGUAAGAUGCCAAGUGGUAUCAAAACAAACAUCAAAUCGGCUUCGAUGCAUCCCUACCAGCGGUGAGCUGCCUGCCGGCCACAGACACUGCCCCUGCCUCUCCUGAAUGCCUGAGCCUGCUUCUGAGAUGACAGCCCCUCACUGGCCAGAGCCCUUCACCAGCCGGAGCCCUCGCCAACCAGACCUCGUUUCAGGGCCUUCCUCUCUUAGGUCACUUGACUACUCAGGCCACACUCUGACUCUGGGGAACAGCUGUGUCCAGCCUGGAAGGUAGCCUUGGCCCCACAAAUUGGACUCGGGGACCCUCGAGGCCUGUUCAGUUCUGGCCUUUGGGUCCCUUUUCUUUCAGGCCCUGGGGCUCUGAAGGUUUCCUUGGACAGAGGCAGCUGUUACAUCAGCUAAGGAAGGGGUGGGGAGCUCCUGAUUUUAGUCUGGGAGCUGAUGAAACAGGCAGUGUGAGGAAUAGUGUGGAAGAGAGAAAAGCUCCCUUUUCUGCUUGCUGGUGUGGGAUCUGGGCCUGGGGAGGGAGAGGGUUGAGGGAUCUUCCCCCACCUCUCCCUACCUGCUCUUGGGCAAAGACAGUGCCGGGUCUGCUCUGUGGGGAGGCCACUGGUCCAGCUGCCAAUUCUUCUUCUCUUCCCUUCACCUUCUCCAAAGCCCUCCUUGCUGGCAACUGGUACCGUGGGAAUCCCUUAAGGAUCCCUCAUGGAUCCUCAGAAUAAAAAAGGCUUUAAAUUGA